UAUGUAAAUAGCCAGAUAGAAUCGUUGAGUUUUUUAAAAAACAUCCUAAGCAUUUGGCGACGCCUUUGGUUAUUUUCUAUUGAAACAGUUGGAAAUACAAUACAAAGAUGGUGAGCAGGACAGGACCAGAGAACGCGAUGGACAACCGUGGUUCUAGUGUGGAGGUGUUUGAUUCGAAACCUCCUUCCACAAUUCUGGUGGAGCAGCCCUCUUUCCAGCAGCAGAAAGAGCGGGCGGCAUCGGUUGUGUCCAACCGCUUCACCCAGGAGGAGUACAAGGCCACCCAGCUGACGACGGCCCAGAAGACGUACGGGGCACAGAUGAAGCUGGGCAAGAAGAUAUCCAGGCUCAGGCUAUGGGCCGGCGGGUUCAUGGAGUUCACAAAGGUCAACUUCUACCGGCAGCUGGUCACGGAGUUUUACGGCACGUUCGUGCUCGUCUCGGUCGGCUGCUGCGUCAUCACGCCUGUCAAGCCGCAGGGAACUGAUGCGGCUCUCGAUAUGGCCUCCAUUAUACUAGGGUGGGGCUUUAUUGUGGCCAGCUUAGUGUGGACCAUCGCCCACGUCAGCGGCUGUUUCCUUAACCCGGCGGUCACCGUCGCGAUGUUUGUUAACAGAAGGAUCACCUUUGUUAGGUGUGUGGCGUUUAUCAUGGUGCAGGUACCGGGCGCCACAUGUGGUUCAUUUUUCCACAAGUUUCUACGUGGAGACAAGUUAAACACCACCUGCCAGACGCUCUUGAACCGAGACUUCGGGGUCACAGAGUUCAAAGGUUUUAUCGUGGAAUUUUUCCUGACCUUCCUGCUGCUCUUCUUCGUCUUCGCCACAACAGACCACAACAGACAGGACCACGGUGGUUCUCACGCCAUGAUGGUCGGGGGUGUCAUCAUCCCGCUUGUCAAUGUGGGGGCUGAAUUGACGGGAGCUGGGAUGAACCCGGCUAGAUCAUUCGGACCAGCUUUUGUUCAUGGAAAUUGGGACGCGCACUACAUCUAUUGGGUAGCCCCAAUCUUAGGCGGUGUCUGUGGCGGUUUAUUCUACGACCUGAUGUUCUCUGAGCGGGUGAUCAGCUGGCACCGUUACCUUCACGUGCAAGAGAUUCAUGAUGAAGAAGAGGAAGACAAGGACUUAUAAGGACGUUGAACAAAGUAAUUUAUCAUUACAGUGACGUUAAGAAUGUAUCUGGUCAAUACACUGUAUAUUUUUCUUUUUAUAUUUGUUUUUUUUUAUCGUUUUAUCAUAUUUAAUAUCAAUGAUCUACUACAUGUGUUUAGUUAUUUACAAUAUAGAGUCUGGUAUAUGUAGAGGUGCAUGGGCUGGAUGGUAGUUUUAGCGUGAAUUCUACAAGUGGAUGCUAAUUUUAGCGGUGUUGCUAAUGUGUAUGCUAAUUUUAGCAUUAGCUACAAGUGGAUGCUAAUUUUAGCGUGGUAGAUGUAGAAUGAAAUUUAAGCCAACAUUGGGAGGGACACAUUGUUGAUGGUGAGUAGAUCACCUCCCUAUCCUGUGCGAGCUCUAGUCCUUGACAGAGGGGUUUGAGAGAUGAUUCUCUACUCAGUCAUCAAAUGCAUUCAUUGAUAGAGACUAACGUUUCAGUCGGCAGUUUAUCUUCACGUGCAAUCGUGCCCACGAAACGAGUAAAGAAAAACGUCUUGUGUGAAUGCUUUGUAUAGAUGCUCUCAUUAAAAAAAAAAUUUCAACG